UUCCACAAAUCAAAAUUCAAUUUUCUCCUUAUAAUAUUUCGCUCUUUAUAUAGUCCCUCCCAUCACCCUCCUUUCCCAUCUCCUUAUUUUCUCUCUCUCCAAAAUUCAGCCUUAUUUUUGUACCUCUCUCAUUCUUUAUUUUUCUCUUUCUCAACAAUGGCUACACCCAACAAUGGCGAACUUCCAAACGGUGCCGACACCAAAGGCUUAGUCGUAAGCUUCGGUGAGAUGUUGAUCGACUUUGUGCCCACUGUCUCCGGCGUAUCCCUCGCCGAAGCGCCGGGAUUCCUUAAAGCUCCCGGAGGCGCUCCUGCGAAUGUCGCGAUCGCGGUGUCAAGGCUCGGAGGAAACGCCGCUUUCGUCGGAAAGCUAGGAGAUGACGAGUUCGGAAACAUGCUCGCCGGGAUCCUUAAAGAAAACGGAGUUUCCGGCGAUGGAUUGACGUUCGAUAAAGGCGCGAGAACUGCUCUCGCUUUCGUCACCUUGAAAGCUGACGGUGAUAGAGAAUUCAUGUUCUACCGUAAUCCUAGCGCCGAUAUGCUUCUCACUCCUGAAGAGCUUAACCUCGAUCUCAUUCGAUCGGCUAAGGUUUUCCAUUAUGGGUCAAUUAGUUUGAUUGUGGAGCCUUGUAGAUCGGCUCAUCUGAAAGCAAUGGAGGAGGCCAAAAAGGCCGGAGCUCUGCUUUCGUAUGACCCCAACCUUCGGUUGCCAUUGUGGCCUUCCGCCAAGGAGGCUCGUGAGCAGAUCUUGAGCAUCUGGGACAAGGCAGAGGUGAUCAAGAUUAGUGACAACGAGUUGGAAUUUCUUACAGAAACCAACACAAUCGAUGAUGCUACUGCGAUGUCAUUGUGGCACCCUAACUUGAAGCUUCUCUUGGUCACUCUUGGUGACCAUGGUUGCAAAUACUACACCAAGAACUUCAAGGGAAGUGUGGACGCAUUUAAGGUAAAAGCAGUUGAUACAACUGGAGCUGGCGACUCCUUUGUCGGUGCUUUGCUAGGCAAGAUGGUCGAUGAUCACUCUAUUAUUGAGGACGAAUCAAGAUUAAGAGAGGCAUUGACAUUUGCUAAUGCAUGCGGAGCUAUUACAACCACAAAGAAGGGAGCAAUCCCAGCUCUUCCUACAGUAGAGGAUGUUAAGGAGCUCAUUAAGAAUGCGUCAAACUGAUUUCUUUCUUGUUGUCAUUCUUUGUUGUUAGAUCUCUGUGUUUCUGUUAUGGAGUUUGUGUUCAUUUACCGGGAUUUUAUUAAUUAGUGACUUCAAGAGAAUUAGGGGUGUGUGGGGGAAUAAAUAUGUUGUAUUAUGCGUCUUUUUGCAAUUCAAAGAGGCAAUUAUAGAUAUCCAUGGCGUGCACCUAGUUUUUGAGUUUA